UUGAUGAUAUGAUUCAAGAUCAACCUUCACCGUCCCAAACCACAUCAAUUUCCGAUCCACACCUCAAAAAUGAGCGACGACGCUGACUCCAAGACCCGAGGCUUCGCCGCCAACCACCAGAGCCAGCAGCAGUACUACGGCACCUUCCAAGGCGUCGCCAACUACCCUCCCCCGCAGCCACCGCCGUCGCCGGUCGUCGGUUUCCCUUCGCCAAUCCCUCCUCCCGGCGUCUCUGGCCGGCCUCCUCUACCUCCACAGCGCCACCACCACCACCACGGUUACCAGACCGUCACCGGUUAUGCUGUUGUUGAGGGAAGACCUGUAAGGGAACGGAGGCUUGGUUGCUGUGGUCUUGGAAGCGGCUGGGUGCUGUUUAUAAUGGGGUUCUUUCUUGGUGGCAUCCCCUGGUAUAUUGGAACUUUCAUUUUGCUUUGUGUGAGGGUGGACUACAGAGAAAAACCUGGAUAUGUCGCCUGUACAAUAGCCACGCUUCUUGCUAUGAUAGCUAUCACUCUUGGCGUAACAAAAGGAACUCACACCUGGUGAGAAUAAAUAGAAGACGGCAAGCUCGACUCUGUGUUUGUACCUAGAUGCAGUUGGAUGACUAUUGUUAAAUUAUACAUACUGGUUUCAGUUGUUGCAAAUUCUUGACGGAGUAUGGUGUAUCUUGUGUCUAUAAAUACGGUUUGUUUGGGCAAUCAAUAUUCACUAUUUACUUACUUGGAUAGGAAAGCAAUGUAUAUAUAUCUGCAACAAGUUUCACA